UGUUGGACAGAGACGACGAACCGAGGGCUCAUCGUCACCUCCUUGAUUGGUGUUCAAUGUAACCGGUUAACAAAAAACACUGCUGGACAUCUGUUUGGCGCGUGCGCGUAAUUACGCACGCUCAGGCGACCCCUGUGCACCCAAACCACAACACUAGAUGAACGUGAACACAAACAGUCUCCAGUAAGAAGACACAACCUUCCUUUCCCAAGCCUUCCUGUCCAUACAUGAUUUGACUUAUAUUUAUUUAUAUAUACAUACAUACAUAUACACACACAUGGAACUGAUAUUUACACAUACAGUAACUCAAAAACAUAGAAGACAGAUAGACAGAUUAAGAUCAGUGAAAAAACACUAUGUUGCAGAUUUAUUCCUCAGGAAACAUCUGCUUGCUAUUAUGGGUUGUGUGUAGUUCCUCAUUGUUCUCUAACAGAUGACACACUGCUGCUCAUUUUGUGCGGCUUUAAAAUUGUCAUUUGAGAAGUACAGGAAUGCGAAAUAUGAGCAUGAAUCCAACUCAAAGGCCUCAGAUUUUAGAAUUAAAAGUACUGGAAAACCACAGAUGACUGAACAAACUCCAAGUAAACGUCCAAGUAAUCCUGCCUGGAUUAUCUUUAUCACAACAAAUGUCUUUUAAGCAGACUUGGAAUAGAGAUUUAGCUCAGAGGAGCAGAUCCUUUGGAAGGUGUUUCAUUUGCUUUCAUACUUUGAAUGUUAUGACCGAUGGCGCCUCAGUUUGUUUUAUUUUACAGCCUCACAACUGGUUUAAUCUUCACGUUCAGGUAUCGAAGUCUCACAUUCAUGUCCUAAAUCACGGUGUGUUUAAAGUCUGGGCUGAAGUUCAGUAAAGUAACACUGGCACUAUAACAGUUUAAUAUGAAUGAACGAAACCAACUGUACAUAAACUGUCGUCAAACAAUGCCUUGGGAAGGAGUGAAUUGGCUACAAUUGGAAGAUUCCAUUCAUUAUCAUCACGUGACUGAGGCUAUAACAUUUUGGCAUGUGAUUAAGGCCGUCACGAGCUCUGGGUUGUGAAUGGACUGGAGAUGCUGGUCAAGGCUUGAGUGCGCUCAUUCGCCGGCAUCUCCGACGUUCAUUCAGCCCUUUGGACGCGAGGACGGAGCUCUGAACCCUCUCCCGGUCCAGGGGCCCUGCUUUAGGACCCACCAUUGGCUCAGAUGCCUCGAAACAAUACCCUGAAGGGCAGCCGUGCAAAUUUGGAGCUCUGUGGCGAAGAAUGGCCGGCGCCCGAGGCGGCGAAGGACCCACGCGGCUCCACUGGUUCCCAGUGGCCCGUUGGGGCUCCUCCGCCCGGGACCGGGCUUCACCCCAGCCGCUGGUCGAUGCUGUUCCUCUUCGGCGCCGUCUCCGCCAGCAACGCCUCCAUGUGGCUGCAGUACGGCGCCAUCGGCGGCACAUUCGCGCGUUUCUACGGCGUGGACCCGCCGGCCGUCGACUGGCUGGCGCUCGUCCACCUGCUCACGUACGCGCCGCUGGUUCUGCCCGUGCUGUGGCUCCUGGACACCAGGGGCGUUCGGGACGUCCUCCUGGUCGGUUCGGCCUUCAACUGCAUGGGCGCGUGGAUCAAAACCAGUAGCGCCAGUCCCAGUAUGUUCCCACUUGCCUUCCUGGGCCAGUUCGUGUGCUCGGUCGCCACCGUGUUUGUGCUGGGUAUUCCUUCCUACCUCGCCUCGGUGUGGUUCGGAGAGGAGGAGGUUUCCACUGCUUGUUCCAUAGGCGUUCUGGGAAACCAGUUGGGCAUCGCCAUCGGCUUCCUGGUGCCUCCCAUCCUGGUGCCGGACGGGGACGACAUGGACGAGCUGGCUCAUCGCAUCAGGAUCAUGUUCUACAUCACAGCGGGCGUGGCCACCGUGCUCUUCAUCCUCGUCAUCCUCUUCUUCCAGGAGCGCCCUGAGCUCCCCCCGACGCAGGCGCAGGCCACGGCGCGCAGCAUCCCGCCCGAGGACUACUCCUACGUGGCCUCCAUCCGCAGGCUGCUCCGCAACGGGCCCUUCAUCCUCCUCAUCGUCACUUACGGACUGAAUGUUGGCUGUUUCUACGCUGUGAGCACCCUCCUGAACCGCAUGAUCCUCGAACACUACCCUGGAGAAGAGGUGAAUGCUGGGAAAAUCGGCCUGACCAUCGUCGUCGCCGGCAUGGUCGGCUCCCUGAUCUGCGGCCUCUGGCUGGACUGGACCAAAACUUACAAGCAGACCACGCUGGCCGUCUACUUCAUGUCUCUGGUGGGGAUGGUCGUCUACGCCGCCACGCUCAACCUGGGACGCCUCUGGGUGGUCUUCAUCACCGCCGGAGCCCUCGGGUUCUUCAUGACCGGCUACCUGCCACUAGGCUUUGAGUUUGCGGUGGAGCUGACGUAUCCCGAGUCGGAGGGAACUUCCUCUGGACUCCUCAACUGUUCGGCACAAGUGUUUGGGAUCUUAUUCACCAUCUGCCAGCGGAAGAUCAUGGAAGCGUACGGCACGCUGGCGGGAAACAUCUUCCUCUGCGUCUUCCUCCUGAUCGGCACGGUGCUCACAGGCUUCAUAAAGUCUGACCUGAGAAGACAGAACGCCAACCUGUCGGCUAAAGCGCUGGCCGCGGGGCAGAAGCCGGAGCAGGACUACGGAGCCACGGCGCUCAUCCCCCCACCCGCAGACCCCCCUGCCCCGACAAUGAUCAAUAAACCCUUUCCACUUCCACAAACAAAUCUCCUCAAAUCUUAGCUCGACUCGCGGACGCACAAAGGAGCCUUCCGACUGCCAGGAUGGAAGCCAAACUGCGCCUUCUGUCGUUAAAGAGGCCCGUUUGUAGACGAUCACGCACACUAACGCACAACACCAGCCUCCUUAUUGUUACAGUGUAACCUACUGAGAGAACAGCACAGUCAGGAAGACCCACCCCCUUCUAAGAAGAGCUACGUGUACAAUCGUCUUAAUUAUUUUUAUAUAUAUGUAAGAGAAAAAAGCUGACUUAUCUCUGACAAAUUUUAUGCACAAUUUUGAUCCUAAAUUCAAAAUUUUGAAAUGUUUUUUUAUGUUUUUGUGUAAAUGAAAUCUUUGCACUAUAUUCACACAAAGAAGUAUUUGAAAAGUCAGUAUUUUGUUCCAUUGACUAUGUACCGAACAACUGCAUAUAUUUGUAUAAUGCGUUGACACAUUGGCAUGGUGAUUUUUGUAGAAUAAUUUUUGAAAAAGAUGAAACCUGGAGGACAAAUAGUGUGUAACAAACUUUCAUGAUUUACAUGAAAUAAAUUAGUUUUGUAAAAAACUCAAA